UGAUGGACUGCUAGACCUUCAUUAUUAAACCAAUAAUGGUGCCUGAGAAUUUUUGCAAUGACCAAUCAUCUUACUUGUUAAGCCUCUUUAGAAGGAAAUUCAGGCGCUUCUGCUCGAGGAUCCGCCGGCUGAUAUGGAAGCGCCCCCGGCCAAAAGUUAUCAUCAAGAGGCUUGGAAAAUUGAACUCUAAACUUCAGCCUCAACGGAAACCGGGCAUCAAUAAAUCUACAAUUCGUGUAAAUGGCCAAUUGGGUCAUUCCGAAAGGCCGAUUUGCGCUGCCACAUUCAACGUCGCCAUGUUUUCCCUGGCACCUGCUGUUCCAAAGGCUGAAAAACGAGCUACUGUUAAUCAUGAAGAGGAAGAUUAUAUGAAUACUCGUCCCAGGAGUAUAUUGAAGCAAUCUCCCAUACGCACAACACUGAGUAGUCCUGACAAUGUCUCUAGGCAAAAGGCACUUGCAAGAUUGAAGUUAAAGGUUUCCAUCAAUCUUCCUGAUAAUGAGAUCUCAUUGGCAAACACUAAGCUGCUUAGUUCUAUGGAAGAUGAUGAGGAAGAGGAAUCAUCAAACAUGACUUCUAGAAAAGUCCAUAGAAGUGGGGUUCCAGUGAGGUCUCCUGUGUGCUUUCCUUCUAGUAUGAUUAUCAGUCAAAGUGAUGAUUACUUGGGAAGCGGCAGAACCAUCCUGGAAGUACUCAGAGAGGUGGAUGCUGAUAUAUUGGCCUUGCAAGAUGUGAAGGCAGAGGAGGGGAAAGGCAUGGGGCCUCUAUCUGAUUUGGCAGCUGCCUUGGGGAUGAAAUAUGUCUUUGCUGAGAGCUGGGCACCAGAAUAUGGUAAUGCUGUCCUCUCAAAAUGGCCAAUUAAGAGGUGGAAAGUCCAGAAGAUUGCAAAUGAUGAUGAUUUCAGGAACUUACUAAAGGUGACAAUUGAAGUGCCAUGGACUGGAGAAGUUGACUUCUACUGCACCCAACUUGAUCAUUUGGAUGAGAAUUGGAGGAUUAAGCAGAUGAACGCAAUAAUUCAAUCAACUGAUCGCCCCCACAUACUGGCAGGGGGUCUUAAUUCUCUCGAUGUAUCAGAUUACUCAUCAGAGAGAUGGACAGACAUUGUCAAGUAUUAUGAGAAGAUAGGAAAGCCUACGCCAAAGGUAGAGGGGAUGAAGUUUUUGAAGGGGAAAGGCUAUAAAGAUGCAAAGGACUUUGCAGGGGAAUGUGAGCCGGUGGUCAUCCUUGCCAAAGGCCAAAAUGUUCAGGGGACAUGCAAGUAUGGAACCCGAGUGGAUUACAUAUUGGCAUCAUCAGAUUCAUCGUACAAGUAUGUUCCAGGUUCAUACUCUGUGAUUUCAUCAAAAGGAACUUCUGAUCACCACAUUGUAAAGGUUGAAAUGAAGAAAGUAGGGGAGAGUGCUCAAGAGAUUGCCUUUAGACAACCCAGGAAGAUUAAACAAAAGGUUGUAAGAGUCACAAACCAGUGUUAUUCAAGAGGUAUUUGGCUGCUAAAGCCCUAGCUUAAUUGCUAAGUAAAAUUGUAAUAUUUGAUGGUAAUUAACUAAUUAGGGUUAAAUACUAAUCUGGUCAACGUGGCUUACCACUUUAUGGAAAAGCCGAUUUGGUUUUCAAAAGUGACAAAUAGUUGGUGUGCUUUUC